ACAACUUUGCUUCCGCAUAUCGUGACGUGCCGGUCGGUGCAGAACUGGGUUGUUUGUUUCAUCAAAUAUGCCACUUUGUCACCUCUGAACAUACAUAUACGAAAAUCUAUCUUGUUCAUCUUCAUGUUUUACUGAAGGAAGUUGGUUCAUUUGAGAUCUAGGAAUCACCACUUCCAUCACAUGGUGCUACUUCAGGAAUCCUUAACCAAGCAGGAGAGGCUUUGUGAAGUGUAACUCCUAUCAUAGAAACCAGUGUGUGGGACUGAGGCAGCUUUAUUAUGGGGCCAUAGUGAUGUAACAGAUGAAAGGCCUUUCAUGAGCUCCAUUAUGAAAGUUGACGAUACAUCUGCAUCAGGCAUACUUGCUUGUAAUGUGACGGCCUUUACCACUGGGCCAUCCAGGGAUGUGGCAUACCACAGUGUUGCCUUGCCGAGGAAACAGUUAUUGUCCCCCUUUUUUCAGCAACAGCAGAGGAUGGGUUUAAUUUCCUGUUUGUUUGUCCCUGUGGAGCCUACAGAAUGCUGCUCUUGCUUGCCAAGUUUUCUUUCCUUUCACCCUUGCCCACAUACUCUCUCUCUUUCUGUCCCCCCUCCCGUUUACUCUCUCUCUCUCAUUCUAUAUUUAAAUGCGCACACCUAUUUCUGGGACGCAGCGAGCAUCGGGGGCAUCAGGUUCCGGUCUUAGUUUAUAUGUGCCGCUGCAUGUUGACGACUCUCUCUAUCAGCUGGCUAUAACUUGGUCAGUUAGUUCAUGAAGCCAUUCAGGGGUGAUAUCUUGCUGAUGUGUGUAUGCGAGCUGGAGGGGUCUUCAAGAUCUCUGCAUUCCACUUGUAUGCUUUCACUUGAGGAAGUUCUUGCCAAAGCUAUAGACGUGGAAGUUCUCUUGUGGAUGUCUGUUUGACACAGGAUUGUAAUGGAGAUUCAUAACAAGUUGUGUAGCCUUCAGCUAGGUCCAUGCAUCAUGGAACGGACCUCCGUCCUAAAUACAGCAAACCAUCAUCACCAUAAUAGUCACCACCAGCAGCAGCAACACCAGCUUUCCCCAACCCAUCAACUCAACCACCACUACCACCAACAACCGACACAACCCAGCCGCACCAUGCCUGUGGACCCACUCACACGACGCUUCUACCAUGGCAGGAUCACAAGGGAGGAGGCCGAGGCACGGCUGCGCAAUGCUGGCUGCCACCAGGGGAUGUUUCUCCUGCGGGAGUCCCUGGGCCGGGAAGGGAACUAUGCCCUCUCCUUGUGCUAUAAAGAUGAAGUCUACCACUAUGCUAUUGAGAGGCAGUACGAUGGUACAGUAGCCAUUAAGGAUGGUAAGAACUUUGCAGGCCCUAUUGAACUUGUUACAAAUCAUAUGUCGCGAGAGGAUGGACUAUUGUGCCGACUUCAAAGGCCAUGCAACCUUCAGCAUGGUGAAACUCCAAGGGCUUUCAGUGACAUGGAUCAUCAGCAGAUGGAAGGAGCGCUGAUAGCUCUUGCUAAAAGAGAAGGGAUGGCUCCUGAUGUGAUUGAUAAAGCACUCCAUUCUACUCAACGUCCCCAGCUUGAGAGAGCAUUGAAGAAGAUUAUGCAUCAAGAUAAGGCCUGGUUUCACAAAAGACUUUCAAGAGAAGAAGCAGAACAGAGGAUUGUUUCAUCGGGUCUUCAGGAAGGAAAAUUCUUAGUUCGAGAGAGGACAGAAGAGGGGAGUUUUGCCUUGUCGUUGUGCUACAAUAAUUUUGUAUACCAUUACAAGAUUGAUAAAGAUAUCACUGGUCAACUCUCCAUCAAAGAGGGACCCAAAUUUGAUAGCCUUAUUCAGAUGGUUGACCACUACCAGUUGAAAAAAGAUGGUUUAUUAUGCUGCCUUCUCGUCCCCUGUAAUGACACAAACCGAGACACUCCCACUAGGAGACGGCACUCAGGUGCAUGUAAACAGUCAGAAUAUGAACAUGUAGACGAAGAUGAUAACUACAAAAUGUAUUCUGGUAUAGAUGAUGCUGAUCCUUAUUCUGGUAUUGAUGAUGAUGCUGUUCCUUAUUCUGGUAUUGAUGAUGCUGUUCCUUAUGCUGGUAUAGAUGAUGCUGUUCCGUAUGCUGAUGACAAUGAAAUUGAUGACAUUCCACCCCAGAGAGCUGCUGAUAGGAAUCAAAGGCGAAUUGCUUCAGAAGACGGCGGUGGCCCUCCAACACCAGUCAGACCAGCUCUCUCAGUAUCGGUAUCAAGCCCCCCUGGUAUAAGGUCUCAUCUGAACCCCUCUCCUACCCCACCCGACAGGGCCAACUCUACCAACAACAUGAACGAUCUCCACCUUCCACACAUGUCAAGCAGUCACGGCGGUUGGGAUGAACCGGAACAUGAAGGUGAGACAUCGAUCGAGGAGUUUAUACUUGUGGAUGAUCUUCCAUCUGCACGGCCAAGAGAAUACCAUGAUGAUGAUGACAAGAUUUACGGAGUACCCAACGACCAGGAGAAGCUGUAUGACUACCUUGCCAAGACCAAGACUACCAAGAAACUAGACUCGUCCUGUCUAAACCUGGGUGAUAUGUUGGGCAAGGGUAACUUUGGAUCAGUAUUAAAAGGUACCUGCAUGGUCAAUGGUCAGCUGAUACCAGUAGCGGUCAAGACACUCAAACCAAACUUAUUGCAAGAUCACCAAGAGUCUGAGAUCAUGAAAGAGGCAGAACUGAUGGCAGUCUUGGAUCAUCCACACAUAGUUAGGAUGAUAGGUAUAUGUCAUGCUGCUGAGAUGAUGUUAGUACUGGAGCUAGCUGAGCUGGGACCUCUUCAUAGAUACCUCAAAAGACAUCGGGAAAUGAGUACAAGGAAUGUGUUAGAGCUGAUGUACCAGGUUGCACAGGGUAUGUGCUACCUUGAAAGCAGACAGUUUGUCCAUCGUGACCUCGCAGCACGAAACGUUCUUCUCGUUGACGAGACCUUCGCCAAGAUCAGUGAUUUUGGCAUGUCCAAAGCUCUAGGACUUGAUAACCAGUACUACGUGGCGGAAACUGCUGGCAAAUGGCCACUGAAAUGGUAUGCUCUUGAAUGCAUCUAUAAAUUCAAGUUCAGCAGUAAGAGUGAUGUAUGGAGCUAUGGUGUCACGCUAUGGGAGGCUCUGUCCUUCGGCAAGAAACCAUACCCAGGAAUGAGUGGUCAGGAUGUAGUGGAGUACAUCCAGAAUGGAAGCCGAUUAGAUCAACCAGAGAGAUGUCCUGAUGAUGUUUAUCAUCUCAUGUUGAAAUGUUGGGAAGAUGAAGCCAAGGAUCGACCAGGGUUUAGAGAGAUUGAGUCAAGCAUGUCAGAUAUUCUAAAACGCCUGCAGGCAGGGACCUUGAAAAUGAGACCAAGGCAGAUGCCGGUUGCCUAAUGACUCAACUAACACUCCAUGCCUAGCAAAAGGACCUUUAUGAAGAUGGUUGGCAAACACCUGUUCGGACUCUUUGACAUAGAAGUAACAUGGAACGGGCAUGUACAUCAGAUCAGGACUACUAAAUGGGUUUUCCAAUUUGGAGUAUCCUCAAGAAUGGAAGACUGCAUUUCAUCAGGAGAGUUAAACUGUAACUGUGCUUGAGAAACAUCAGACUUUAUUCAUGAGAACAUCUGUGGGCUGUACGAUAUACAUAGGUGUAGUUGAAAGGAUUCAAGCUAUCAUCAAGAACUCCUGGAGUGGAUUGAAUCAUGUAGGACUGAGAGACAUUGUGGUAGGUGUACCUCAGUAGAAGGUCUCCCAACCUUGCAAUGCACUCUGAUGUCUAGUGCCAUCACGAAAGAAUUUAUUUUUUAAUGAACGCACCAUUCCAUCAGAACCAAGCAGACAUAUUUUUGUCUAUUGAUUCUGAUUCAAGGUCUUCUCUCUCUGAUCAAAGACUGAUUUGUUUUUUUUUUAAUGUAGUAGGAGGCUGCGAUAUUAAAACCCACCUGACCAAGUUCACAAUGGAACAGACCUCUUUGAGGUAUUCUUGCAUCAUGAGCUUGAAAUAUCCAAACUUAAUACUUCACCUUUGUUUCAAAGCCAAGGAUUCACCAGUAUAAUGCUGUUGUUUUUUGCAAUAACAUUUAUAAGAACAAGAGGUACUCAUGUGGUGGAAGAGCAAAUAUGAUAAAAGCACUCGGUGAAAGCUAUAAUAAUUGUUCAUGUACUUGUAAAGUGAAUAAUGAAAGAAGAAAUGUAACAUCUUAGCCACCAGAAUAUAUGUACAAAAUAUAUUUAUAUACUGUAUAUAAAUAUCUGCUAUGGAUGGUGAUAAAGUAUGUAAGAGCUUUUCAGACUUGUUCAAAUGUAGAGUAGCUAUAUUAAGAUCUAAAUCUGUGUAGUGUGUUAACAUUGAAGAGAGGGUUGUUUUAUGUUCAUAGGGAAAGGUUAUCUUACAGUAGUACUGUUAAGGGAAAUUUUGAAUAUUUCAUUCCGUUUUGGGGUUUUGAUUUGGGAAGGGGGAUGGGGGAAUGAAAGCCUAUGGUAGUAAGCGUUGCCAAAGUUAUACUGGACUUAAGAAGAUGUCCGGCAUUGGUCCAGUGGUAGACGGACAACUUGAGGCAUCUUGUCAAAAUUUGCGAAGAUCGCUUCCCGAAGAACAGUUGUGUCCUUACGCUAAAACCUGUUUAAUUAGGCAAAGCGAUCUUCAAAUCUACAUAGCAAGGUGGUUUUCUGAAUUUAUCGCUGUCAAGACCGCUUCGACCGUUCUCAUUACACAUUAAACUAGUUUCCACUAAACUAGUUUCCUAGUUUUAGGAUUGUAGGACUUUAUGGCAAGGUGUCUUCAUGUACUCUGGCCUAAAUAUGUCACAUAAAGAUUGUCACCUCUGAUCCAAGUGCUUGACAGUUAUCCACCAUUACUUCUUCCAUUGUGAACAGUAUUUCAUUUGGCCAUUUUUGUACCUAUCAACUUUAAAAGUAUGGAAUUUGGAUAGAGGUUGGAUAUAAGGGCAAUUUUGAUAUGGUUUUAAAUGCCUCAAAUAAUGUAGUGUCUCUAUGCCUUUGUGUUAGUGCCUCAAAUUUCAGGGUGUAAUUUGGUCUAUCUCUAUAUCAACACAAUUUUAAAUACAUUGUCCCUCAAUUAUUCAAUCAACUUCUAAAUGAACUUAAUACAUUUGCAUUAAAAAUCUGAAUAUUAUCAAUCUCAAGAGGCCAGCACUAAAGUAUACCAUUUGUACAAACAUGAGUAUAGUAUUCAAAAUUAAUCCUCAAUAUAUGUCUUGAAUAAUUAUAGGAAGCAUACAUCGAAAACGCCACAUUCCAUAAGAAUGAAUGUCCGUAUUGAAAAUUUGACUUAAUAAUGUUACUCGAUAGUGACUAUUAUGCACCCUGAUUAUUUACCUGGUAGAGUUCAUAUAUUAAUGUAUAUGUUUAAUGUAGUGAUGUAUGUUUAUGAUUAUUCUUUUGUUUUUUAUAUAGUUCUAUUUUAUACAUCAUGUAGAGUUUAUUAUAAAUGCAGUUAACUGUCUUUCAAGUCUGGUGAGUAGUGAGACCAUGUGAUCAAUGAUAUUGAUGAGAAUGGAGGAAAGAAAAUAAAAGAGAACUAUGUUAUUUGGGGGGGGGUCAUCCUGACGGAUUAUGCAGGAAUCGUGAUUAUUCAUGAAUCACACUUAAUCAUGAAUUUUGAGGUGCUUUUUUAUGCUAAACUAUGUUUUUUACUCAAAAUUGCUCGAGCUAAUGUUUGAAAUAUCUUCAAAGUCUCCUGACUUUCUCUCAAUAAUGAUCUUCCUGGCAUUUCUGUAGUAUCAAAAGCAUUUGACUAAGGAACAAAUAAUGUACAAGGUAUAUGUUGAAUGACUAUGUUAUCUAGGGGCAUUUCAUGAGCACAUUUCAUCUGUCAAGCUGUCAGAUCUGGCAAUUUUUCUUACCUUUGAUUGGCUAAAAUUGUGUGACUGUUACUAUGGUAACUGUCAGAUAAUGACAACUUGGCAAUGCUGACUAUCAGUGCUGACACAUUUCUUGAAAUGGUCCUGCAGUAUGCCUUAGAUUGAUGGUUUUAAACCAUGGAUUAUAAUUGUUGCCAGUCCUCCAAGUAUUUAAUGUCCCUGAUAUGUUGUUUGUAUUAUAACAGGUCACGUAAACCUGUUUAGUGUGAACAGUCUAAUUUGAUGUGUGGGAACAAGGUUUUUAUGUCUGUUCAAAGCCAACAGAAAAACCCCAUUGAGUUUUAUUUCCUUUUUGGUGUUCAAAGUAACUAUAUUCCAUGAUGUAACAGGUCCUUUACAUUAUAUGCUUAAGAUGAAAAUAAAGAAAAGCUUGUAGCAAAUUAGCAAGCCUCGUAGAUUGUACAUAUUGAUGUAAGCUGCUAAAUAUGUAAAUAUAUAUAUAAUCUAUGGUACUACAAAGACAUUUGCUAAGUAAAUUGACAAAACAAAUGUGAGAGAAUUUUUAUGAAAGCAUUUGUAAUUAUAUAGUAGAAAUGAAAAUGUAUGCCCGCUUUGAAAAACAUUAAGUUGUGAAAAAGUGAUAUUCUGUUUUUCAUAUUGUUCUCCUUUUAAGGGCCGGGGGGGGGGGGGGGGGGGAACAGUGCAUUUUGUAUUAUUAUCUGCAAUGUUUCAAAUAGGAAUUGUAUUUCAGUCAUCUUGUUCUUAGUAGAUAAAUGUGAUUAUUUUUGUCCAAAGCAAGCCCAGUCUUUUAAACGUACAUGAAUAUUGUUAUAAGAAUGUGCACCAAACAUUUUAAUUUUUGUGUUGUUGCUUCCCAUUAUUUAUCAUAUAGGCCCUAUGCACAAGUCAUGAUUGUCAAUGCAUUUGUCACUGACACUAAAACCCUUCAUUCAUUUGAUAUCACAUAAAAAAAGCACUUGUCAGUAUUAUACCACUUACAUGAUCAGAAGAGUUUGAAUUCUUGUUCUGAUUAAAGGAAAGAAGAUGAUACAAAUAUUAUUUUUGUCUUGUUAAUAUUUUUCCCCUCUUGAUUUUAGCUGAAUAGAUUGAGAUGUGCUCUCCAGUGUUGACUUAUGUAGGCCUACAAGUAUAAAUGAAUCCAUCUCAUAAGAAUGUUGUUACCGUACUAAUAUAUUCUAAUGAUUGGAAUACAAGAGUGGAAUUGUGAAUUUGGAUUUUUUUCUUUAAAAUCCUCUAUUUUUAACAUAUUUUUUUCUUUAGGUAAUGUGGAAAUUAAAUAUGAUGGGGCUCAAAUUAUGUAAUGUCUCUUAAAUAGCAGUCAUAUUUAAUAGACAAGUGCAAUUCAGUCAUUUCCCCCUUUAAGAGCGAAAGUUAAUGCAAUUGAAAAUGCUUUUCAUACCAAUGACAAAGACUUGUUUUGGGGUUACUUUUUUUUCUUGUCAACAGAAGUACUUACAUCCAACAAUAUUCAUUUUAUGGAUAUCAAAAUGAAAUAAAAGAUAGAUAUAUUUAUAUAGUUAUUAAUAUAUGAAGACGUGUGCAUCUUUGUAAAUGUAAGGGAAUUAUUUUCAGAGUUAUUGAAAUGUAAUGUUAUAGAGAGGAAUAGCAUAUUGAAAACAGUGUAGUUGGUAUGUUUUUCUUUGUUACUGUGAGGUAUUUUUUAUUAAAGAUAUUUGUAUGAAUUUUCGCCCUAUUUGUAUAAAAAUUGAAUAAUGUAGUAUUGAUCUACAUGUAUGAGAUCAAAGUUUAUAUAAAUAAUUGUCAGAGUUAGGAAAAAUGAUAUAGAUGAUUUCUCACAUUCAAUGACAUAGGUUAUCAUGUGUCUGUGAUAUGUUGUUAAAAUAAAGCCAGAAAAAAAAAUUGCACCUCAAAAUUAUUUAGUGUUUCAAAAAAAAGUGAAAUAUAAUUAGUGAUCAAAAACACUAUCCUAACUACAUGCCUUAACUAACCUGUGUUAUUAAUCAAUGAUAAUUUUAAGGAUACCUUGAAAGUGUCUGCACAAAUUUGAUUUUUUUUUCUUCUCAAGUGUUUUUCAUCCAUAUGAAUAAUAUUUCAUACAACAUGUAUAAACAUUCAGUAUGUGUUUUUUUUGUAAGACAUUUGCAAUGUUAGCAUAAUCCUUUAAAAAAAUAACAUUGAUUUGGUCAAUGCUGACCACCUUUAUAUGUACACUGUUAGAAAACACAGAAGAUUUUACAGAAGAAAAAAAAAACAGAUUUUACUGAAAGAAGUAACCAAAUCAUUCUGUAAAUUGUUAAAACAGGAGUGAUUUCAUACAGGGCAAAAACAGUUUUAUUACAAUAAAUUUGUAAGGUUACAUAACACCAAAUAUUAAUUUCCUGUAAUUUUAGACAAAUGCAUGUAAUAUUACAUAGUACAGUAAGAUUACAGGUGUUCUUGAGACUAUGUCGCAGGAUUUUUUUUUUAAGUAGAAAUUUCCUAACAGUGUAGGCCUAUAGGAUUUUCCUCUUUUGUGGGAAUUAUCCCAGGGAAUAUCUUGUGCAAGUUAGGCAUAUCCAUAUGUUGAUAUGCUCGAGCAACAUUUUAACUCAAAUAUUAUUUAUCCAUAAUAAGAAAUGCAAUAGAAGAAAUAUUUGUACAAUAAAAUAGAAUGUGCACUGUUAAAUAUCAACUGCAAGCAUUCAUUAAACAUUGAAACUAAUGUAAAAAAAUACACCUAUUAAAGCUACAUAUUAAGCUUCAUUAAGAUUGGAAUUUUCAAGUGUAACAUGUACUUACUAAAACACAAUCAAAUCUUUGUAUGUUCAAGCUGUCAGAUUUAGGUUGCUUUGAAUUACGUGUACACAGCUCACAUUAUAUUCUGUCACGUUUAUUGAUUCAAAUAUGAUUUGUUUCAUGUAACUAGGCGAUCAUCUUCUUUUGAAAACAUCUGUCUUUGUUAGUGGAUUAUCAUAUGAAUUUUGUCGGAGCCAAUAUGUAUGUUGUGUAUAUGAUAUCCAUCAUACAUACUUAAAUGAUGUUACUGCCUUGGAACCAUUGGGUAUUAUGUUCAUAAAUGAAACUUGAAUAAAUGAGAUCCAUGGAAAGUGUACUUUGACAUAAAUACUUUAAUUAUGCAAGUUGUUGUAAUGUGUGAUCACAAGCAGAAUUUUAUUUGUAAACUUAUGUUGAUUUUAUCAAUGCAGGUUUUUUUUUAAAUCAUUUCCAAUGAGGUAAAAGGGUUAAUUUUGAUGAUGCAAAGUAAAAUUAUGUUUGAUGGAAAUCAAGGUCUUUGAAUAAACCAAUCGUAGAACAUUUUACAAUAAAACAUGUCUUACUUGUUUGUUUUAUUGUCCCAAUUUGACGUGCGUACAAGCGUAUAUUUUUUAAUCAUAUUACAAUGUGUUCCUGUGCUAUAAUUUUUCGUGUUUUCUUACAUAUGGAUUUUUAAAAGGUUUCUUACUUAUUUUCACUAUUAUUAAAUGGCAGAAAGAAGCUGCUGAAAACUGCUUAUCUAAUAAAAAAGAGAGCCAAUGGAGUAAAUUAAAGAGUCAAAAGGGGCCUAAGCUUUCGAGCCUAGCAGAAUCUUCAUUGGAGGCAAAAUU